AUGAAAAAGGAAAAACAAUCUUUUAAUCCCUGUGAAAAACCCUUUCAACUUGAAACAGAUACUGAUUUGGAUGUAUUUAUUCAUUUCACUAACAACUCAGCUGAUAGUAGUCAACAAUAUCAGCAAAGUGAAAAUAUAUCAGGUUUUUCAGGUGAGAGCGAUACAUCAGGAAAUAAUUCUACUUCAUCAAGAGAAGCUAAUUAUGUAGCAGAGGAUGAUAGCACAAAAGAUGAGGAACAAAUCGAAAAACCUUCAGAGGACGAAGAGUUUGGCCAAAUCCCUAUUCGUCCUCGGCAGAGAUUUACACAACGUGAAAUUGAUAUACUUGAAAAAGUGUAUAAAGAACAUAAGCGUCCUAGUAAUGAAAUAAAGCAUGAAUUAAUGAAUGCAUGCAAUACUACACUAGAGCGUAUCCAGGUAUGGUAUCAAAAUCGUCGCGCAAAAGAAAGAAAGUCCAGACCAAAGUAUGGUAACACCUAUACUGAUGCACACACGACAAACAGUAACGUUAGUAAUAACGAAAAAUUGAGUAAUAUUGAUGACAAUAUAGUAAUGGCCGAUGGAAGCGACAGCAAAAAGCGCCGUAGACCAAGUAUUGAAAGAUUGACUUCUACAAAAGCAACUCAAUAUUCAAAAGCGAAGAAGGCUCCUCAAAGUUAUAAAAAGCCGGACUCCUUUGAUUUUGAAGGCCAAAUACAACUCAUAGAACCGUCUUCUGGGAUUAAUGAUAUGAUUAAUUGUCCUCAAUAUCCUUUACUUCAUUCUUCUUAUUAUCCAGAUAAUUUAUUUGAUUGUAAUCGUAUGCAGGGUCUGUUUUGUAGCUAUAAUAUGUCAUUUACUGAUGAAUCUAUAUCCAAUGCUUUCUAUUCACUAAAUUUUUCUAAUCCAGGAAUAUUCCCUUAUACUUCUUCAAUGCAACCCCUUAUGCAUCAGAAUUUGCCUUCUAAUACUAGCUCAACCACAGUUCAACCCUAUUUGAAUAAACUUCAACAGUCUUAUUCUAUGUCUGGAUUAAAUCAAUGCACAAAGCAUCAAAAUAGUUUAAAAGAUGAAGACACUACUCAGUAUUCAGAUAACCCUAUUACUAGUUACUUAUCUGAUAACGAUGAUAUUUACGAUCAAAAAAUGUCAAUUAUAUCAGAUUCACAGAAUACACCCAAGCAAGUGUCAUUUAGUAAUUUUUAUGUAUUCUAUAAUUUGGGAGUUUUGGAAUGUCAAGAUUUAUCAAUUAUUUUGUCAAAAUACUUUAGUGCUUACGGGUAUAAGAUAUAUAAGUAUACAACACUUAUAUUUAGAUAUCAAUCUUCAGAAAUGACCACGCUACUCAUUGAUAAUUACGACAGUUUUACUUAUAAUGUAUACCAAUAUUUAUGCGCUCAAGGCGCUGAUGUCGUUGUUUAUCGUAAUGAUAAAAUUACCAUUGAGGAAAUCGAAAAACUUGCACCUUGUAAUAUUGUAAUUUCCCCUGGACCUGGUCAUCCAGCUCAUGAUGCUGGCAUCUCCCGUGAUACCAUUAGUCAUUUUGCUGGCAAAAUUCCUAUUCUUGGUAUUUGUAUGGGCAUGCAGUGUAUGUUUGAAGUCUAUGGCGGUACUGUUUCUUAUGCAGGUGAUAUACUUCAUGGUAAAACUUCAGCAAUUAAGCAUGAUAGCCGUGGUCUCUUUAAGGGUAUACCUCAAAACAACUUGGUUACUCGUUAUCAUUCCUUAGCUGGCAUGCCAUCUACUAUCCCUGAUUCACUUGAAGUCACAGCUACUACGAUAGAUGAUGUUAUUAUGGGCGUCCGCCAUAAAGAAUACACUGUUGAAGGCGUUCAAUUCCAUCCUGAAAGUAUCUUAUGUGAAAAUGGCCAUGUUAUGAUGGCUAACUUUUUGAAACUACGUGGUGGCACUUGGGACGAAAACCCUGGCGCUGGUGUCUUGCCUAGCAAAUUACGUGAGACUUCUCUUUCUAGAAAUAAUGAAUCUAAAAAAUCUUCAGUAGGUACUUGUUCUGAAACGAUGAUUGGAAACACAAAUACUGCUCCAGGUGGUGAUGUACCCUCUAUCCUUACUCGUAUUUAUGCUCAAAGAAUUAAGGAUGUACAGGCAGCUAAAGAAGUCCCUGGUCAAACGAUGAAAGAUUUGGAAAAGCUUUUAGAACUUCAUAUCGCUCCUCCACUUAGGGAUGUUGUUUCUCGUUUAGCCCAACAAACGCCUUCCCUUUUAGCUGAGGUUAAGCGUGCAUCUCCUUCAAAGGGUAAUAUUGAUGCUGCUGCAAACGCUGCCGAACAAGCUUUGCAAUAUGCUUUAGCUGGCGCUAGUGUCAUUUCUGUAUUAACUGAACCCAAAUGGUUUCGUGGUACUAUUCAUGACAUGCGCCAAGUUCGAGAAGCGAUCUCUAAUCUACCUAAUCGUCCUUGUGUUUUGCGAAAGGAUUUUAUUGUGGACCGCUAUCAAAUUGCUGAAGGUCGUCUUUAUGGUGCCGAUACUAUUUUAUUAAUUGUGGCCAUGUUGAAUGAUGAGUUAUUACAUGACUUGUACAAUUAUUCAAAAUCACUUGGUAUGGAACCAUUAGUUGAAGUUCAUAAUGCUGAAGAAAUGGCUCGUGCUAAUGCACUUGGUGCAAAAUUAAUUGGUGUCAAUAAUCGUAAUUUACAUAAUUUUGAUGUUGAUAUGGAGACUACUUCCCGUUUGGCCAAGAUGGUUCCUGAAGGAACUAUGCUUUGUGCUUUAUCUGGUAUUACUAGCAGGUCUGAUGUCGAGAUGUAUUUAAAAGAAGGUGUGCAGGGUGUGCUUGUUGGUGAAGCAUUAAUGCGUGCUUGGAAUUUAAAAGCAUUUGUGACUGAGCUACUUGGAUUAGAAAAGAAAGACCCUGUAGUGGCUUCUAAAGAGCCAAAUCGAUCAUUAGUUAAAGUGUGUGGCAUUUCAACUGUUGAAGCAGCUAUGGAGGCAGCUAAUGCAGGCGCUGAUUUAAUUGGCCUUAUCUUUGCGGAAAAAUCAAAACGUAAGGUCUCAAUUGAAACGGCUACAGAGAUUGUUAAAGCGGUUCACUCAAUAAAGCCUGAAUCGACCAGAAAGUGUAUGUCAAGCGCUGCAUCAUCAACCAACUGGUUUCAAAUUCACCGUCACUUAUUAGAAAAUCGUACAAGGAAGCCUUUAGUGGUUGGUGUAUUUGUGAAUCAAACUAUUGAAUAUAUGAAUUAUGUUGUUUCUGAAGUUGGUUUAGAUCUUGUUCAGCUACAUGGUACGGAGUCAGUAGAAUUGGCUCGUUAUUUGCCUGUGCCUGUUAUAAAAGCCUGUCAUAUUGAUAAUAGUACCUACAAUCAUAACCAAAUUCCCAAUUUGACACAGCCUGGAAAUCAUCAUUAUGUAUUACUUGAUGCAAAGGUAUCUAACUUACCCUCUGAUCAGCAAGGUGGACAAGGUGUUAAGUUCGAUUGGUCUAUUGCAAAAGAUAUAGUGAAUCACAAACAAUUUGAGUUUUUGGGAAACAAAGAUUUCCCUAUAAUUUUAGCUGGUGGACUUGAUCCUACCAAUGUAGUAUCUGCAAUUCAACAAGUUAAACCAUGGAUGGUGGAUGUCUCGUCUGGUGUAGAAACAGACGGCAUCAAGGAUUUAAAGAAGAUUCGCACAUUUAUUGAAAUUGUUAAAUCAACAGAGUAUAAACAUGAAUAA